AUGUGGAUUCAAGUGCGGACAAUGGAUGGGAAGGAAACCCACCGAGUGGAUUCCCUGUCGAAACUCACCAAGGUGGAUGAGCUCCGUCUCAAAAUCAUGGAGCUCUUCAAGGUGGAGCCCGAGAGGCAGAGGCUGUUUUACCGUGGCAAGCAGAUGGAAGAUGGCCACACCAUUUUUGACUACAAUGUGGGCCUCAACGACAUUGUGCAGCUGCUUGUCAGGCAGACCCUGCCCCCUGCUGAUGUCGUCAAAAGCAAGGACAAAGAGGCUGAGCUGUCAGACUCUGAUUCUGGCUGUGGCUCGGCCCAGAGCGAGUCCGACAAGAGCUCCACUCACGGUGAGGCUGAGGGCCAGACCGCUGGUACCUCAGCCCAGACUGAACCCCCAGAGCUCAUCGACCCAGGAUUUGGCUUUUACAAGAUCAAUGAGUUUGUGGAUGCCAGAGACUUGAACAUGGGGGCAUGGUUUGAGGCCCAGAUUGUGAACGUUACCAAAACAACCAAGACAGAGGACGAGGCAGCUGAGGAGAAGCCAGCAGAGGAGGAGAUACACUACCAUGUUAAAUACGAAGACUACCCAGAGAACGGUGUGGUUCAGCUGCUGGCCAAGGAUGUUCGUCCCCGGGCCCGUACGGUGUACCAGUGGCACCAGCUAGAGCCGGGAAUGGUAGUUAUGGUCAACUACAACCCUGAUGAACCCAAGGAGCGUGGCUACUGGUACGAUGCCGAGAUCCAGAGGAAGAGGGAGACGCGCACAGUGCACGAGAUCUACGCCAAGAUACUCCUCGGUGAUGCUGGUGAUUCCUUGAACGACUGCAGAAUCAUGUUCCUGACGGAGAUCUAUAAAAUUGAAGAGCCUGGCUCCCUGGAUGGCUCUGCAGCUGGAUCUGACAGCCCACUGAAACGAUCGAACGGACCUGAGUGUAAGCACUGCAAGGACAACCCCAAUAAGAACUGCCGCUGGUGUAACUGCCACAUUUGUGGCAUCAAGCAGGAUCCUGACAAGCAGCUGCUGUGCGAUGAAUGUGACAUGGCCUUCCAUACCUACUGCCUGAACCCCCCGCUCACCUCCAUCCCUGAGGAUGAGGACUGGUAUUGUCCCGGUUGCCGUAAUGAUGCCAGUGAGGUUGUGCUGGCUGGAGAGAAGCUGAAGGAGAGCAAGAAGAAAGCCAAGAUGGCGUCCGCCAGCUCCUCCAGCCAGAGGGACUGGGGCAAGGGUAUGGCCUGUGUCGGCCGCACCAAGCAGUGCACCAUUGUCCCCUCCAACCACUACGGCCCAGUCCCCGGCGUCCCGGUUGGCUCUUUGUGGAAGUUCCGAGUGCAGGUUAGCGAGUCGGGCGUCCACAGGCCACAUGUCGCUGGGAUUCAUGGUCGGAGCACUGAUGGCGCUUACUCCCUCGUCUUGGCGGGAGGCUAUGAGGAUGAUGUGGAUGACGGCAAUGAGUUCACUUACACCGGCUCUGGAGGGCGAGAUCUGUCCGGAAACAAGAGGACGGCCGAGCAGUCGUGUGAUCAGAAACUCACCAACAUGAACCGGGCGCUGGCUCUCAACUGCAAUGCCUCCGUCAAUGAGAAAGAUGGAGCCGAUGCCAAGAACUGGAAGGCAGGGAAACCAGUCAGGGUGAUUCGCAGCUGCAAGGGCCGCAAGCACAGUAAAUACUCUCCAGAGGAUGGAAACCGAUAUGAUGGGAUAUAUAAGGUGGUAAAAUACUGGCCAGAGAAAGGCAAGUCGGGCUUCCUGGUGUGGCGGUAUCUGCUGAAGCGUGAUGAUGAUGAGCCGGCGCCGUGGACCAGAGACGGCAAGGAACGCAUCAAGAAGCUCGGCCUCACCAUGCAGUAUCCUGAAGGCUAUCUGGAAGCCCAGGCAGCCAAGGAAAAGGAGAAAGAGAACAAAAAUGAAGCAGAGGAGGAGCAGACACCUACCAAGGGGAAGAGGAAGAGAAAAUCUCAGGGCAGCGAUUCAGCGAAGUCCUCACCAGCCAAGACCACUCCCAAGAAGAUGAAAGUGGAGGUUUAUAAGCUGACCCAGGAACAAAAGGGUCUAAUCAAAGGCGAUGAGCUCAACAAGAAGCUGUGGGAUGAAGCCAUGCAGUCGCUGUCACUUGGCCCAAAAUUCCUGAACAAAGUCGAAGAAGUUUUCCUCUGUAUUUGCUGCCAAGAAGUGGUCUAUCAGCCCAUCACUACAGAGUGCCAACACAACGUCUGCAGGGAAUGCCUUCAGCGGUCCUUUAAAGCAGAGGUGUACACCUGCCCGGCCUGCAGGCAUGACCUUGGCAAAAAUUACUCAAUGACCGUCAACAAAUCUCUGCAAGCUGUUUUAAAUCAGUUUUUCCCAGGAUACAGCAAUGGGCGAUGAUCAUUUGUUCUGCCUACUCAGCCCUCAAGGAGGAAACGCAAUGAACUGUAAGGGGAAUUUUCAUUAGAGGCAACAAAGAAUCAAUUUCUCUUAAUAUAUUUUUACGAUUAUAAGUUUAAAUCACUUUUUUUCUUUAUGUGGACUUAAAUGCCACCCCUUGUUCACUCUGGAUCUGUCUGUCAUGAAGCAUAGGUAAUGAAUUGAAUUUGGAUCUGUAACUGUACUUAACUGUAACAUUUGUCUCCGUUAAUGCCUUUAAGCCUGAUUUUUCUCAAACAUUGUGUUCUGUUCCAUUAACAUACGCUGCUAAUGUUGGCCAUAGUGUGAAAUACUGGUUACUGUUAACUAAAUCCCUCCAUCUUGAAACCCAGCACUCCCUAAGAGAACUUGAUCAAAAUCAGUCAUGUCAUUUGCCCAGCUUAUUUUGAGAUUCUUUUCAGCAAGAGCAACAUGGGUUUUGAAUGCCGUUAGUUUUACUGUGGUUACUUGUCACUGAAAUGCUUUUUUUUAAGAUCUGAUCAUAAAAUGAGGAUUUAUUUGUGUUUUUGUGUAUUACGUUUCCGUUACGUUUGUGUACAUGUCUUCAUCUACCCUCAUUACUUUUUCCUCCCUAAUGUCAACAAUUCAGUCAAUAGGUUACCAAACUACCAUCACCAGUUUAAGAUCCUGUAGCAGAUUUGAGUCCUGGUGUGGUCAGAUGACUGAAAUUGUAUUUUAAGUGACAAGUGUGACAAAAGCCUUGUUGUGAGCCUUUUUUGUGAGCUGAGACUGUCAGCAUGUAUAGUUAUUCCAUAAUCUGAAUUUAAGCCCAGGCACCCAAGCAAAAAAUGACCUGAACUGAUUCAGUGAAAGUGUAGUUUGUUUUUCAGUGCUGUGAGAGGAAGUGUCUAUGUGGUCUUUAACGUUUUUCUAAUGCAUGUAUUGGUUCUUUAAAAUUUUAUACAGUAUUUUUAGAAAUUUGUCACUCUUGUGAAAAUUAAAAAUUUGCCAUGUAUUUAAUAGCAUCUAAAAUGUUAGGCUCAUUGCCAAUCUAGGUUGACGCUAUUGUAUUCAAUUCUGUAGACUUUAUUAUCCCUUUUUCAUGUACUCGCCUUAACUGACUGCUGUAUAAGCAAAGGGCUUCAGUCUGAUAAUUAAGUCCAAAGAUGCAAAAAUGCUUAACCAAGAGGGUAAUGUAGAACUCCCUUCUAUCUAGCUCUGUAGGACUUGUCCCUGACAGUUAAACCUAUUUGAUUCUAGAAACUUUGUACUUUUUGCAGAAUUUAAUUUUUCUACUUUUUGUGUUCAUAAUCCAUUAUUGCCAUCUGUUGGGGCUGUUCAGUCUGUUUCUUGGGUCUCUCAGGUCCACUUGUUUUAGUGUUGAACCUCAAAAAGAAAGUGCUCUCAGAGGUGAAUUUAGUCAUUGCAGGAGCACCAGCAAAGCAUCUAAUGAAACAUGAAUGAAAUUCCACACACCACUCUUAAAAUCUGAUACAUUAUUCACUUAACCAGCGUUUUGGUCGAGCAGGAACUGAAUUUGUCAGUAUUGACUACUUUGGCAAAGCUUUUAUCUGAAUAACUGCUGUUGAAUUUCAACAGCUGCAUGUGAGCAUGUCCAUCCUUGCAUCAGCACUUCUUAAAUAACUGAAUCAUGCCUGAUCAGUUGGACUUUGGAGGUGAAAUGAAAGUGUGCCCAUGAAGACCCAGUGAUAGGGAUGAAAGCCCCACCUUGUGUGCUAAAUAAAUGCCAGUGGCUGCAGAUACUAGUAAUACCUCAAAUAUUUACAAAGAUUUGCAUAGACUGGAAAAUGUAUAUUUUCUGAAAUUGUAUAUUUUUAGUCCAUUUUAGUUUUGAUAUGUAGUUUUAGAAUUAACUUGCACACAUUGCGUGCAAAAGUUGUCAAUACAUUGUCAGUCUUUUAUAUAAUAAAAAAGAUAAAAUGA